CUCGUUAUUGAAAUACAUCAUCAGUAUGAGGGAUGGUCUGGUAAAGAGGGUGGUCUGAUUGGUUGGGAGACUACGGAACCCCUCCUGCUGAGCUCCAUGUAAACAAAUACACACUGGGCAUGCGUCAUUGGAAUAAUGGAGGACUGUCUUUUCUAACCGGACCUAUCAUGUCAAUAUUUCUACUCUACUACCUGUGAUCUGAGAAAAUAACAACUCGCUCACCUUACUGCGUGUAUCAGAGUUAAGGUCAAAGAAACAAUUCCAGGAUGACCACAGACACAUCCCCAGCCCAAAGCAUGGGCUCCAGAAUGAUGACGUUCACCCCAUCCCAAGAGGAGUUCAAGAACUUUAGCCGCUACAUAGCCUAUAUGGAGUCACAAGGAGCACACAAAGCUGGAAUGGCAAAAGUUAUUCCACCUAAAGGCUGGAAACCUCGGCAGACAUAUGAUGACAUCGAUGACCUGGUAAUUCCUGCUCCCAUUCAGCAGGUAGUGACCGGGCAGUCAGGACUGUUCACACAGUACAACAUUCAGAAGAAGCCAAUGACCGUCCACGAGUUCCGCAAGACCUCCAACAUGGACAAGUUCUGCAGUCCCCGAUAUGUGGAUUUUGACGAGCUGGAGAGGAAGUUUUGGAAGAACCUGACCUUCAACCCACCCCUUUAUGGGGCUGAUGUCAGUGGAACGCUCUAUGAUUCAGAUGUGACUGAAUGGAACAUUGGCCAUUUAAACACCAUUCUGGACACUGUGGAGAGCGAGAGCGGAAUCGAGAUCAAAGGAGUCAACACACCGUACCUCUACUUUGGCAUGUGGAAGAGUGCCUUUGCGUGGCACACUGAGGACAUGGAUCUGUACAGCAUCAACUACUUGCACUUUGGAGAGCCAAAGUCAUGGUAUGUUGUCCCACCAGAGCAUGGGAAAAGACUGGAACGACUUGCCAAAGGAUUCUUUCCAGGGAAUGCUCAGAGUUGUGAAGCCUUCCUGCGCCACAAGAUGACUUUGAUUUCACCCUCAAUCUUAAAGAAAUAUGGCAUACCAUUUGAAAAGGUCACACAGGAGGCCGGGCAGUUCAUUUUGACGUUCCCAUUUGGCUAUCAUGCAGGUUUCAACCAUGGAUUUAACUGUGCUGAGUCGACCAACUUUGCCACCCAGCGAUGGAUUGAUUAUGGCAAACAGGCAACACUGUGUUCGUGCCGUCAGGAUAUGGUGAAGAUCUCCAUGGAUGUGUUUGUAUACAAGUUUCAGCCUGAUCGCUACAAGCUGUGGAAAGCAGGCAAAGACAACACUCCAAUCGACCACUCCAAACCCACACCAGAGGCUUAUGAGUUUCUGAAAGCAGACAAGACCAAGUCUUCCAAGAGUCAAGAGAGUGAAUCUAAAUCUCAGGAGCCCACCACUCCUAUCCCGGAGGACAGAAGUCCAAAGCCUCGGACUGGGACAAAGCGUCAGCUUGAUGCUCUUGAACCCUCUGAAGACAUCAAACCUGAGUUGACCAUGAAGGAGACUGAAGAGGUGGAGGUAAAGAGGGCUAAGCUUCCACACAAUGAGUCUCCAACUAAGGUCCCUCUCAAGCCAGAUAGAGACACAGUGAAAAUCACACCAGAGCCUAAGAAGGACAAAGACACCAAGCUGCAGACAAAAUCGCAGUCCAAAGUCAGUACUAAGAAAAACAGACGAAGCCCUUUAAAGAAAGAGAAGAAUGGCGUGUCAACUGGAGAUGUGUGUCCUCCUGAGUCUAUUGAGAGCCAGGUGGUGGCUCCGUGCUUUGAGGAGGCAGGCAGCAAUGAGGAGCCUCAGUUGGGCAGCAGCUGCAGCCCAGUACACAAACUAUUCCAAAGGACGCUGAGCCCUGCAGAUGUCCUGCAUGUUCACAGCUAUGCCAAAGGAGACUAUGGAGAGGGAGAAACCCUGGAGAAGAAGAGUGAGGGCAGUGACAAUGAGGUGGAGAAAGACAACAGACAUAUUGGCAAAGCACAGGUGGCAGAAGGGCUGGCUGCAAACAGAGAACCAGAGAGUGAUCUAGGGCAGCUGCCAGGCCACCAUCCACUCAUAAAUGAUGGCAUAAGUGACGAAGAGGCUCCACAGGAGGCCCCCCCUGUAGAGGAGGGUGGACUGGAAGGGGAGAGCUGGGCUAAACCUCUGGCUCACCUGUGGCAGAGCAGACCUCCAAACCUUAAGAAAGAGAGGGAAUACAACCAGCGCAUGUGCUCCAAACCUCCGUACUGCUCUAUCUGUAUGCUGUUCCACACAUACCAGCAGACUGAAAGUGCGAAAAGCAUAGAUGGACCUGUUCUGGUGGCUGGUGGGCGGAUGCGGACCAAACCUCUGAUCCCAGAGAUGUGUUUUACCACCACCACAGAGGAGGAUUCUGAGUGUGAGAAGCAGCCAGUCACACCUCAUCUAGAGGAAGAUGGAACCAGCCUUCUCAUCAGCUGCUCUCAGUGCAGUGUCCGGGUUCACACCAGCUGUUAUGGUGUUGAUCCAGGCAGUGUGAGCAAGGAAUGGAAAUGUGCACGCUGCAAGGCCAACGCCAUGACUGAGAAUUGCUGUUUGUGUUCACUGAGAGGUGGAGCCUUACAGAAAGCGAACAACGACAAGUGGGUACAUGUGCUGUGUGCAGUGGCUGUGCUGGAGGCCCGCUUUGUCAACAUCACUGAAAGAAGUCCUGUGGAUUUAAGUGGAAUCCCUUUGCAGAGAUUCAAACUGAAAUGUUACUACUGUAAAAAGCGGAUGAAGAAGGCGUCUGGCUGCUGUGUGCAGUGCUCUCAUGGCCGGUGUCCCACUGCCUACCACCCCACAUGUGCCCAGGCUGCUGGAGUACUCAUGCAGCCAGAUGAAUGGCCGUUUGUAGUCCAUGUUACCUGCUGUCGGCACAAAGGCCCCGCUCAGAUUGAGCGCAAUAAAGCAGCCAUGCAUGAGCUCACUGUUGGACAGAAGGUGAUAUGCAAGCACAAGAAUGGCCGCUACUACCAGUGUGAUGUGGUGCAGCUGUCUAAAGAGACGUUCUAUGAGGUCAACUUUGAUGAUGGCUCCUUCAGCGACAAUCUAUUCCCUGAAGACAUUGUGAGUCGAGACUGUGCUCAGCUUGGACCCCCACCCCAAGGUGAAGUGGUUCAGGUGCGAUGGACGGACGGCCUGGUGUAUGGGGCCAAAUUUGUGGCAGCGCAUGCCGUUCACAUGUACCUGGUGGAGUUCGAGGAUGGAUCACAGCUAACAGCCAAGAGAGAUGAUGUCUACACAUUGGAUGAGGAACUCCCCAAGAGAGUCAAAUCCAGACUGUCUAAAGCAUCGGACAUGAGAUUUGAUGGGAUCUUUGAAGAAAGGGAGAUCAUCCAGGAGUCAAAGAGACAGAGAGUGAUCAACUCACGUUACAGAGGGGACUACAUCGAGCCUGUGAUUUACAGAGCCAUCAUGGAGUAACCCUCAGUCCCUCACCUACACACCAGCAGCACUGACUGAGCUGUGCUCACUGUAACUUAACCAGAAGCUAGCCACUGACAGAGUGUAGCUCCAGAUUACUUCCUUCAGGACCCAUUUUGGACUGUUUACAUCUUGUUCAUCUAUCUGUCAACAUCAGUGUUUUUAUUUGACUUUUUCCACAGGACUACACAUAGUACAGGAGGAUGAUUUCCAGCCCUGACAGGAAACUAUAGGAAGCAAUAAGCUUUAGUUCACCUUUCUGAUAGAAACGUCUUUAGAAAAGACAUGGCUGGAGUUAAAGUACAGCAGAGUUACAUGUAUUGCUCUUAGCAAAACAUUUAAGUAACUUUACCUACCUGUUUACCUAGGUUUAAAGGAUAUGCUGCCAUCAGUGCCUAUGAUACAGAGUGUGACAGGUAUCAAAGGUCAAAGUUUAGUUUCAUUUGUACCCUCAUUUAGAAUAUUUAAUUAGUAAUUUGAGCCCUAAAAUGUCUUAAUCAUUUCUUUGUAAUUAAUAGGCUUAUUGCUACUGUUCCUUUAGUUCCUGUCCUCUAUUCUUCACAGUUUCAUUAUUGAGGUGCUUGUCUAAUUUAAAUUGUGUCCUGGAAAAAUCUAAACUAUUUGGGACAAACUAACUGGAACCAACAAUAUUGUCUUUAUCAAUUAAUCUUCCAUUCUCUCAAACUCAGACUGAGGUUUUGUAGCUAAUCCAGAAGUUAGCACUGCCUUGGUUUCUUCCACAAAAAGACUGAUUUUAGAAAUCGUGCAGCAAAUGUUUUGUGUCAAACACAAGUUUUUCAUACUUACAGGUUUUGUUCAUCAAGAUAAUCUCCACAGAUGAACACCGCUUUGUGAUGUUUGAAGCAUAAAUUAGAUGUUUAGCAGGCUAUAAACAGACAACAUCACAGUCACGUGACUUUUUAUUACACAAUUACCAUACAGGUUUUCUAUAAAUGGAUCAAUGUACAAGUUAGAGUUAGAAUAGUUUGUAACUGAAGUGGGCCUGUAAAAAUGGACUAGUGAGUAGAUGAGUCUCCGUGUUUGCUGUGAGGACGUUUAAUGUCCCCAACAACUCUGUUGUCUCAUUUAGACACUUGUAAGCAACUGCUAACUGUUUUUAACCCGUGUAACACUUUUUAAUUCAAACAUGAGGUAUUUACUGAUAUAUUUUACAUUAUAGACCAAAAUGUGAAAAUCUGUUAUUUUCUUUUUAUUAAACUCUCAGACCUUAUUUCAGGCAUCUAACCUUCAACCAGUUCAACAACCCGUAGACUACAAGAUGAGGGAAUCACAAAGUGCAACAGUGCGACACUAUUUAGUUGAGAAUGUUGUCAUUUAAAAUGAACAUGUUCAAGUUCUUUUGACCAGUGUCAUUAAUCAGUUGUUGUUUAGUUAAUAUGAAAACAUAAAGGCAGCAUGCUUCACAUUGUUGUCACACUGUUGAAGAUAUGUUUUGGCAUUGUUUUGGGGGGAAAUGAAAAGGUUCAUGUUGAUUACUUUUCUUUCAUGAUGAAACAGCAUUGCCCCUGAUACCUGCCACGCUCCAUAUUCUGAAGAGGGCAGAACUCUGUACAGAACUUGUUGUUAAUUUCAUUGAUAAGCUUUUGCUUUAGCCAGCUUUGGUUUACUUUGCAUGGUCCCACAGACAGUUGCUUAUAUCCUUCUAACAGCGGAACAUAGAUGAGUUGAAAGAAAUUCACAAAGUCAGACAAAUACAUUUCUCAGUAAAUACCAUUUGAAAGUAACCAAAUUAAUGUCAAUCAAAGUCCUUUCUGAGCCCAUGAAAACAGUCCUGUAUCGAACCUGAAAGGGGCCGAACGGGUCAGGUAGCAGCGCUUUAAUCUCUUUCCAGGCAUACAUCAGUAAUCAAAAUUGCACUAGGAUUGUCUUGUAAUAGAAGGACUACUUUGCCCAAAACGUUUGCCUCUGAUAGUCUGGAAUGAUGUACAGAAUGUUGGUGCUUGCGAUGGAUCAUUAAAAAAGCAAACGUGGCAGCCAUUUCUUGAACCACUGAAGUUAAAGGUUGAUUGUUCUUAAUAGUACCCAGACAAAACACAUCAUAUGUUUUCCAAACAGCAGCUACACACAGACUAACUCAUCAUCUCAUUUAAAAUUGGAAAACUUUCCAUCAAAGAGGCUAGACCAAGAUUACAAAUCUGAGGUAUUUAGUACAUUCUGUAUUUCAUUAUUGGGCAUAUGGUUAAGUAUGGCAUUCACAGAACUAUCUUAUUUUCUGAUCAUGAUAGCCUUAUCAUGAUCAAAAAAAAAAAAAGUAGUUAGAAAAGUAGUUUUGGACAAACCGUAAACUCAUUUUUUCACACUUGCCGGUAAAAUCAUUUGCUGUCACUUCAGGUCAGACUUCAUGGGGAUAAUAUAGUAAGUGAUAAUAUAGAUGCAGUAUUCUUUUAGGUGGGAGCAAUAGCAUUUAAAGCACUGAAGAAGCCUCCUCUCCAGCUGUAACUAUCAGCUGCAUUCCUUUCCAUGUAAUGUUGUUUAAGUGACACAAGCUUUUACAUGUUCACUUGUUUUUACCAGCCUAUUUAUUUAGGUACUUUUAGAAAGUCACCUCAGCUUUACAGACAGGAGUCUGCAGUAAUACUGGUGAUGUUGAGGUUAAUGAUUAAUGUUCUAUUUUUUCAACAGUAUAUAGAUGAAUUUUAAAGAACCCAAUCAGAAUUUUGAUGCGCUUUGUCUGCCCAGUUGUUUUCUAAUUCUUCUACUGAAAGUUUGCAUUGCACAUUUAUUUAAAUCCAGUUUGCGAGGAAAUUUGAAUAGGUGUGUGCUGCCAUUGCUAAUUUGUUGUAAAUCUGUUUGAAAAUGUUUAUAAAAUAAAAUGUCCAGUGGAUUGUGCACCCCUCCCUCUUGCUACUGGAAUGAGGUGGCCAGGUGUCAUCAUCUGUCUGUGAGAGUGAAGGCAGAAGGCCGUUUUCCUUCAAGAUAUUUUCUUGUUCAUAGUUGCAGUUCAAAGACCCUGCUUUCAUCAGUCCAGUGGAGAUUGAAUUUAUUUUAUUCAUAAAGUAUCAAUAGAGUUGUGCAUUGAGAGGGGGGAUUUUCUAUUCUCUUUUAUUUUGUUGUUUUGUAAAACAUGUUCUAACUGUAUUUUCACAGAAACCUGUGUGUGUAAAUGUCAUGUAGUCUAUUUUAAGAUGUUACCUGUUGACCCAGGAGAUGAGUUGAGGUCAGUCUGUUCUUGUUGUCACUUCAUGAAGACAAAUUACUGAACUUCCAGGUUAUCAUUCAAGCAUUUUGUAAAAUGAAUUUGUUUCAGUAAAGAAAUUUGUGUCAGCA